AUGUCGACAUCCACAAUGACAACAACCCAACCCGAGAGCUCUGUUCUUUUGGCCGGCGAAGAAGACCUUCAGUCCGCUGUCAAUGAUACCAAUUUCCAGUCCCUUGCCCGUGGCAGCCGGGAUGGAACUCUGAAACUGCGUGGAAUCCCCACCUUCUCCGACCCUCACGAGAAGCGAAAGUGGAUGAAAGAGCAUAUGGCCGCUGCUUUUCGUUACUUCGGAAAGAUGGGCUAUGCGGAGGGCGUUUCUGGACAUAUUUCCAUGCGAGACCCUGUAUUGGAGGAUCACUUCUGGAUGAACCCCUUUGCGAAGCACUUCUCCUCUAUCAAAGCCUCGGAUCUUGUCCUUGUUGACCACGAAGGAUUUGUUACAGAAGGUGGUGCCCAGCUGCCAAUCAAUGAGGCUGGCUUCAUGAUCCAUAGUGAGAUUCACAAGGCCCGCCCUGACGUGAUAGCCGCGGCUCACACACACGGUGUCUACGGCAAGACAUGGAGUGUAUUUGGCAAGCCCAUUGAGAUGCUGACUCAAGAUGCAUGCAACUUCUAUGGUCGUAUUGGUGUAUAUGACGAUCAUGCCGGCAUUGCGUUGUCUCAGGAUGAAGGGAAACACAUUGCGGCGGCCUUGGGCAAGGAUAAUAUUGCUUGCAUCUUGCAGAACCACGGCCUCCUCACUGUUGGCCGAACAGUAGAUGAAGCCGCCAUCCUCUACUCCAUGCUAGAUAACUCUUGCCACUCCCAGCUUCUCGCUGAAGCAGCUGCAGCAAAUGGUGUUCCUAAGAAAAUCAUCAGCGAUGAAGUAGCUCAGUAUACUGCUCAGUUUGCGCAAAACCCGCACAAUUUUUAUACUGAGUUCCAAUCUGAAUACGAGCUGAUUGUCGAGGAGACAAAUGGAAGGGUUCUUUUGUAA